UGUAGGAAAACUUGGCCGAAUCUUUUGUUAGGAGGACAUCAACAAGUCUGUCUUGUUAAGAAAUAAACACACACGAGAGCCACCUGCGUAUUCCAGUUGGCUUCAAGUGAGAAAAAGGAGUUGGAGCUGGUGAAAAGGCUGAGGAGAUCAGAAACGUUAAUUUCUUUUUGCUGAGCAUUUAAUGAUUUCCCAUCGAAUGUCCCGGAUCAGUGGGCAAAACGAACAGACCGAUUAAAACUCUGGCACCGCGAGGACCCUAUUUCUUGAAAUAACCAUCUAACUACCACUAUCUUGUGCCUUUCGUUGAGAACUUCCUAGUCGUGAUCGAGGCUUUUCCGGUGCCCGUUUCUGUUUGUCAUGGAUGCCGAAGCUGAGAAAGUUGGUCACAAGCGGGUCCCAAUUUGCUGAGCAUCUGCCAGUCUUGGCGGUCAUAAGAUCUAAUUAAGUUUUUUCACGCUAGAAUGGUCUACGGCCCAUGUUCCGCCGAUAGCCUUUUCAAAUUUGUGUUGAGAAAGCAGGGUUUAAUGUGGAGAAGAAGUUACGCUUUGGAAUGUUCUUGUUCGUUUACCAUCCUCCUUGGAUCAAUAUAUCAUCUACAUGUUGUUGGGACUGCUGUAGUUACUUUCCAGAGGUUUGCUAAGUCGAAACGAAGGAAACCAUUGUUUCUUCUUCAUCUUCCACACCCCACCACUCCCCAACACCACCUCAAAAAGAAAACCUUGCAGAGCAUUUGAAGUUGCAGAGAAAGUCAAGAGGGAGGUGAAAAAUGACGGUCACCCCAAAGAUCAGCAUCCAGAACGGGAAUCUGGUGGUUCACGAGAAGACUAUACUGAAGGGAGUCCCGGACAACAUCGUGUUGACACCUGGUACGGGGCUCGGCCUCCUGGAGGGCGCCUUUAUCGGAGCCACAGCCACCGAGAGCAAGAGCUUCCACGUCUUCCCGCUCGGCAUACUGGAGGGGCUACGAUUCAUGUGCUGCUUUCGGUUCAAACUAUGGUGGAUGACUCAUAGGAUGGGCUCCUGUGGCAAGGAUGUCCCUCUAGAGACCCAAUUCAUGCUGGUGGAAAGCAAGGACGGAUCGCCGAUUGAGGAGAUGGAGGUUGGUGGUGAGGAGGCUACAAUAUACACUGUCUUCCUCCCUCUUCUGGAAGGACCCUUCAGGGCUGUGCUCCAGGGCAACGAGCAAAACCAGAUUGAGAUAUGCCUUGAGAGUGGGGACAAAGAUGUGGAGACUACACAAGGGCUUCACAUGGUUUACAUGCAUGCAGGGAAGAACCCGUUUGAAGUCAUCAACCAGGCUGUGAAGGCUGUUGAAAAACAUAUGCAGACUUUUCUCCAUCGUGAGAAAAAGAAGCUGCCAUCUUUUCUUGACUGGUUUGGCUGGUGCACCUGGGAUGCUUUCUAUACUGAUGUAACAGCUGAAGGCAUUGAAGAAGGCCUCAAGAGUCUCACUCAAGGUGGUACUCCUCCACGUUUUUUGAUCAUUGAUGAUGGCUGGCAACAAGUUGGCAAUGAAGCAAAGGAUGGUGCUCAUUGUAUUGUUCAAGAAGGAGCCCAAUUUGCAAAUAGGCUAACAGGAAUGAAGGAGAACACAAAGUUCCAGAAGAAUGGGAAAGAUGACAAAGUUCCAGGCCUGAAGCAUGUAGUGGAUGAAGCCAAAAAGGAUCACAACGUAAAGUAUGUGUACGUUUGGCAUGCUCUUGCUGGAUACUGGGGAGGCGUGAAUCCAACUGCUGCUGGCAUGGAGCACUAUGAUACUGCAUUGGCCUAUCCUGUUCAGUCGCCAGGAGUGCUAGGCAACCAGCCAGAUAUUGUUAUGGAUAGCCUUUCUGUUCAUGGAUUGGGCCUAGUCCACCCUAAGAAGGUUUACAAUUUCUAUAACGAGCUGCACAGCUAUUUGGCCUCCUGUGGGGUUGAUGGUGUGAAGGUGGACGUGCAAAAUAUUAUUGAGACUCUUGGUGGUGGCCAUGGUGGGCGUGUUUCACUUACACGGCAGUACCACCAAGCCCUUGAAGCUUCUGUCCAGCGAAAUUUCCCAGAUAAUGGCUGCAUUUCCUGCAUGUGUCACAACACUGAUGGCCUUUACAGUGCAAAGAAAACUGCUAUUGUAAGAGCAUCAGAUGAUUUCUAUCCAAGAGACCCUGCAUCUCACACCAUACAUAUAUCAUCAGUGGCAUAUAAUACACUCUUUCUCUGCGAGUUUAUGCAGCCAGACUGGGACAUGUUCCAUAGCCAACAUCCUGCAGCUGAAUACCAUGCUGCUGCCCGAGCAAUUGGCGGUUGUGCAAUCUAUGUUAGUGACAAACCAGGGAACCACAACUUUGACCUCUUAAAGAAGCUUGUCUUACCUGAUGGUUCUGUCUUGCGUGCACAGCUCCCUGGGAGGCCUACUCGGGACUGUCUGUUUGUGGACCCAGCAAGAGAUGGCACCAGUCUGCUAAAGGUCUGGAACUUGAACAAAUGCUCUGGCGUGGUGGGUGUUUUCAACUGCCAAGGUGCUGGCUGGUGCAGAGUGGAAAAAAAGACGCGCAUCCAUGAUGUGGCACCCUCCACGCUCACAGGCAGUGUUCGUGCCACAGAUGUUGAUCUCAUCAACCAAAUUGCAGGUCCUGAAUGGAAUGGUGAAGCUGUAGCCUAUGCACACAGAUCAGGUGAACUUUUUCGGCUUCCAAAAGGUGUUGCAAUACCCGUGACCCUUAAUGUUCUUGAAUAUGAGAUCUUCCAUAUCUCUUCUCUUAAGGUAAUGGCACCCCACGUUGCUUUUGCGGCCAUUGGUUUGCUUGACAUGUUCAACUCUGGAGGGGCAGUGGAGCAACAGGAAAUCAAGGUGGCUUCUGGAACACAGCAGGAACUCCUUGGCGGAGAAGCUGCACCCAGUUCUGCAGUGUCAUCGGGCAAUGCACGCUCACCCAUAUCAUCUGUUGUGCUGACUGUCAGAGGCUGUGGGAGGUUUGGUGCCUACUCAUCGCAGAAACCCCUGAAGUGCAUCCUCGAUUCUGUUGACACUGAAUUCAGCUAUAAUCGGGACAGUGGGCUUCUUACUCUGAUGAUUCCUGUUCCAGUGAAGGAAAUGCACAGAUGGAUCCUUGAGAUCCAUCUGUGAGUAAUACUGCUGCUGAUAUGAAUACUUACUGCAGUGAAAACAGAACUUGCUUCCCGCAGUUCUGGCAGGCCAGUAUCUUUGCUAGUUCUUAUUGCAGGGAGAGUUAAGUUGUCUGGUAUUUCCUUUCAGGUAUUUCCUGUUAGUGACGAUUGAAUAUGGUAGGAACAGGAAUGGAAGCUCUCUCUCUCCCGUAUGGUCGUUAAUUUCCUUUUUCGGCCGCAACAACUUAAGAAAUGGCAAUAAGUUGGAGCGGAGAUGAUUGGGCACGGCCAUGAUGAAAAAGCAUGUUGCCUGUGAAACCUUUCCUGACUUCAGUUUCAAUUGAAUAAUCACCAUGUUACUCUGCUUAGUUACCUUCUAUUCGUGAUUUAAAUGA